CACUUAAAAAUAGAAAAGAAUUCAAAGGCUCGAGUUGAUUCAUAUCCUUGACCACAUAUAGAGGAUCGUCAACUCUCUAUAAGGCCCGGAGUCAAAGAUUCAAAGGCCUUUUGGUUACUUUGAACCCCCACUCACCUCAAGCGCUCAAAUAAUGAUUCCAAAAGAUGAAAAAGUUUAUAAGAGAGUGAAUCUUUCUUUCAUUCUAACUCCCAUGCACAAAGUAUUCAUGAAGAACAUUUGAUACACUUUAAUAAACUUUAACAUCUAAUGAUGAAAAUAUUUUGCAGAAUUUUGCGAAGAUAGUUAUUAUCAUGAAUUAAGUAUCUAAUAGGUCUUUAUUAAAUACUCUCCCACUAUUUCUAACAAGUCAACUACCCUCAGGUACGGAACCUAUUGACUUGGGGUUUCUAUUUGAAGAAUACCCUAGCGGGCCAAGAUCCAUAUUUUAUUUAACUAUAGUUGUGCUUUGCAUCUUGCCCUACAGUUAAAUUAUUUAGGUAGGAAUUCAUUCCAAUUGCAAUCGUUAUUACAACUCUUGGUUCGGUGGAUUCUUUUAAAUAAAAUUCUUAAUUGGGCCAGAUCCAUAUUUCAUUUAACUAUAGUUGUGCUUUGCAUCAUGCCCUAUAGUUAAAUUAUUUCUGGUAAGAAUAAAUUCCAAUUGUAACAAUUUACAACUCUGGUUGGAUGAUCUGAUUUUAUUUAUUGAUCCUACCGCAGUGCCCUUAGUCUCUCAUCCUUAUGACCAAGACUUAGUUAAGACUAACCCGGGGCGAGUCAGUACCCUAGUUACGGGUUUCGCGCCUAACCAACGUAAACCGGGCGUCUCACUUGGGUGAGUCCGUUACCGAUCUAAAUUGGACUUGAUAAAUCAGUGAAUGACUUAAUGGAUACAAGCUGGAUUUUUUUAAUCCCUUGCAUUAAGUUUAGACAUUGAGACAAAGGGAUACAUUUACACGGAGUCUGAGUCGUGGAAAGGUUUUGACGGUGCAAACGUCUUAACUUAUAAUCUGGGGGCAAUAAUGUGUUGCUAGAUACCGCUUAUUGCUUAUAGUAUUGGUGCAGAGCCAAUACUGUGGCCAGUUUUAUAAGUGCCUAUACGGGUCACACACUUUGGACAAUUUAAGAACAUAAAGAUUGUGGUAGACUCCGGCGUUGUUCGUGUGUCAAAGUUGGAGACCGGACGCUUGAACGGUUACGUUUGCACUUUCAACGCUCUUCCUACGACUUCUUCGUUUUUACCGCUUACGGAGAAAGGUGAGAUCGAAAUUAUAAAUCCCUCACGAAUAUUAAGUCUGUCGCCUUCUGACGCCCGGCACCUAUCCGGCUAAUGUGCACUGUCAUGUACUCAGCCUCAGCAGAGCAUAGUACGGUGUAUGUUAAGCUGGUUACGGGAACCGCCAUAGCGUGGUCGCUGUCGCACGUUGGGUUAGACUUAACUGAGUCUCGGUCAAAUGGAUGGACG